AUGCUGGAUAAGGCCACCCUGCUCCUGUUCCUGCAUUUAGUCGCAUGCUCCAUCUCCUCUCCUCUCUACCCAGCUCUCAGGUACAGUCCAGGGUUGGUUGCUGGCCAGGCCAUGAACUUCCAGCUACAGCACAGCAGCCCAUUGCAGAGCCAUAACCCCUUGGCAGAGGAACAGGAGGAGGAGGAAGAGGAGGGUUUGUUAACAGACCCCACUGAGAAAAGGAUGCAGCGCCAUGCUGAUGCCAUAUUCACCGACAACUACCGGAAAUUCCUGGGGCAGAUUUCUGCCCGCAAAUUCUUACAGACCAUCAUUGGCAAGCGCCUGGGAAGCAGCCAAAGCAGCCCAGGAGAAGGUGUGCACGAAUUCCUGACAAGGCGCCAGUCCGACAGCAUCCUGAUGGACAGUCGCUACCACCAACAGAUGGUUCUAAGGGACUUCCUGGGAGCCAUUCUGCAGAAUCAGAGGCCUCAGGACAUCAACAGCAGUCGGUUAGAAGGCCUUCCCAGCACCCUGGCUAAGCUCAUGUAA